AUGAGAGACCGCUUAAAAGAGUUACAAGAGAAGACUCAGGAGUUUCCUGAUGGAGGAAGUGUGAGCUCUAACCUCCACUCUGAGGAUGAGGAUGACAUCGACGCGUCUGUGGUCGUCGGCGUCACAAGGCCAGAGGCUGUCCUGUUUGAAGAGGAGCCGGUCAUCGAUAAUUUCCUGUCGGAAGUUCAGCAGAUCCGGAAUGAUAUCGUCGCACUGGAGAUCGAGGUCCUGAAAUUCAGCCAACAGCAGAAGAUGUUGGUAGCAACCAUGCGACGGUUUAGUAUCAUGAAAAAGGAGAGCAGCAUAACGAGGGACAUCAAGCUCCAAGCUGAAAGCAUCCACCGACGUCUGGACAAGCUUUCUAAACAAGUACAAAAAGCAGAAGAGCAGCACGGCCCCGCUGCUGCUAUGACGAGAAUACAACGCUCCCAGCAUGCAGCAAUUGCUCUCAAAUUCCAGCAGGUACUGCGGCAGUAUAAUGAAGGACUGUUGACCAAGCAGGAGCGCUGCAAGCACUUCAUUAUCCGGCAGCUAGAAGUAUCGGGAAGAGAUAUGACGGAAACGGAGGUGAACGAGAUGGUUGCCACAGGAAAAUGGGAAGUCUUCAAUGAGAACUUGUUAAAUGAUGUCAGAAUCACUCGCUCCCAAUUGUCUGAGAUUGAACAGCGGCACAGGGAGUUGCUGAGCCUUGAAAGCAAUAUGAAUGAGCUGAGGGACCUCUUCAUGGAUAUUUUCAUGCUCGUGGAGGAACAAGGGACCCACAUUGAGCACAUCCAAACCAACGUAGAAAGGACCCAAGAUUAUGUGGCGGCUUCUAAUGAGAAAUUCAAGUUGGCUGCCCGGUACAAAAAAAAGAACCCCCUUCGUCAGAUCUGCUGCUGUUGUUGCCCUCCUUGGAAAUGCUGCUUUUAAAGUUCUACAAAGUGGAAUUUAAAGUGUCUCCCUUACCUGUUGGGACAUUGGAAUCGAGUGGCAUUAAAGUGAAGGUUAUGGUAGCGCGUUUCUUGCUGUUGGACACAGCGACGGUGAAGACGGAUUCAGCAGAGCAUAGAAAACAAUUAAGGGGAGACCAGGAAUUGAUAUUUGAGGCACUUAUUUCUUUGAAGAGGGUGUGAAGUGACUACUAUUGGAAGAGACAGUUCACUGAGUGCUCUUCACCAACAUGACUGUUUAUUGGAGACCUUCACCAUCAUCUGAGAGGGGUCACAAACAAGACUCCUACCUCUUCCAACUUCAUCACAAAUUGUAUUGUUCAAACUUGUUUGACCGCAAGCACUAGAAUCUUUUUCGAAUGUUAUAUUUAGACAAUGCACUUUCAACUGAAGCUCAAAUUUAAUAUUAUGGGGAAUGUUCUUUUUUUUUUGUUUGUUUCAGAUGCCGAGGAUUGGGGGGUGGGGGGAGCAUUUAUUUCAUAGUCUGAUCAUUUCAUUUUAAUAGUUACAGUAGAAGCGGAGGAAAAAAAUAAUCAGUAUUUUUAGGUUUUACAUUUCACUGUUAAAAAGUUGUGAAAUGCAAUUUAAAACAAGCCGGCUAAAUGCAUAAAUAAUUUACCAUGGAGGCGGCUUGACCUACAUAGAUUAAUUUUGAUUAUUUCACAUGGUGAUAAAAACAGUCUGUAUUUGAAAAAAUCAGACAGACCAUCCAGAUGAUUAAAUAAAUAUUUGGACUAAAAGUAUUUAUAUAUACGUAUAUAAAAUUAAUGAAUGUUCUUUUGCUCUGGUUAAAACACAUUUACGGUGUACAAGUAGUACUAUAUUUAAAUGUAUUUAACUAUUUUCAUUUAUUAUGGUACACUUCACUUUUACCAAAGACAGAUAUAGUAAACCAGUGAAAGGCAGAAUCACGUAAAAUCACAUUAAAUAAGAGAUAUCCUGUGCCUGGUGUCUCACAUUAGACAGGUGACUUGGGUGUGGCAAUCCGGAACCCGAAAAACUGGUUUUGUCUGCCAUUACGAUAACUGUGCCUUCAGUUCCCAGAGGACCAUCUGUGUAAAUAGAGCCGCUAACUCUUCCUAAAGAUGUGUACCUUUUUUUUUGUGUGUGUGGUUACACAUUUCUGAUUCACAACAAACAUUCAUGUUUCAACUUUAACAACACAAAUGUUAAGGCUGACCGACAGGAUUGACAUUUAAUACGUCAGUUUGACAUUUUCCCCCACACGUUGGCCAUUCACAUGACAUCUAAUAAACGCUACCCACCAAUACGGUGUUUUAUUUAGGGAACAUGUUAUUUACAACGAUCCCCUGGGUCUAGUCGGGGAUCCAGGUGGGAUUUCUUCAAGAUGUUUUCUGGCAUUUCACAGCAUCACAAGCGUUGUGAUUUUCCUCAGCCUCACUCUGAUUGGGGUGACAUUUUGAAAGAAAAACAUAAAUGUCUUAAGCAUGUAUGCUGGAAUAUGGAAGGAAAUUGGCAAUAUUUUUGGAUUUUACUGCCUGGCAUGCUGUGCUGCUGUAUAAGCUGACAAAAAAAAUGCAUGUUCCAGAGCAGCAACAAUGCCAUCCAGUGUUCACUGACGUAAUUGCCAGUUAAAUGUACUCAUUGACUCCAAUGUGUCAAAUUAGAAUGAAGAGAUUGAGAAUUUGCAUAGUUGUAUUACAGAAUUGACAGGUCACAUCUAGUUUAACGAUGGCAGCAAAGAAAUCUGUGUGGAACAAUUGUUCAUGCAUGAUAACGGAAAGACAUCAGCCAGUUUUCAUCCACACUCCCUAAAAGUCUAUAAAUAUAUAUAUAGUGAGGGUCAAAAAGUUGUGCACUUUAAUCCCAACUCUGGCGAAAGAGCAUGGGAACAACAAAACACAGAGGACAGGGACACUGUUCAAUAAAAAUACUUUGCACCACUAAACAACGAGGAAAGCCUUCAUUAUGUGAAUUUGUUUUAUGGCUUAAGGUUAACCUCCACAAAAAUCUCUUAUGUCUGUUCAAAUUACAGUGUCAUGCUUUCUUCCUAACAUUAUUGUACCAUAAAUUAUUGUCAGUAGUGCAUAAAUCCGUGGGUAUAAAAACCGGCCAUUGUUAAAUUAUACCUCUCAACUAUCGUAUUGUUUUUUAAAUAACCAGUACAGACACAGUAGCAACAUGAAUUUGAACAGCUCUAGCAUAAACUCUUGUAUUAAGAUUUUUUUUUGGUUAUUUUGUCUUAGUUUGCUAAUGCACCAAAAGCGAGCCCAUAACAAGCUUUGUCCUACAUACUCAGGAAAGUCAACACAAUGUGGGUCACGCCAUUAUGACAAUUGCUGCAGUUUGGAGCACAACCUAGAAUUGUAUGGAACGUCAAAACUAAAAAUAUAACUUAAUUUUCUAGCUGCAUUUGUUCAACAGAUACAAUAUUUACAGAUAUGCACUGUCUUGUAUUUGUGCAUUUUAAAAGAAUCAUGACAGCGGCUCAGGAAAAAGAGAUGCAACCAGUAGAGGGAGCUAAUAUCCAAUCAUUAUCAUGGGUAUUUGUCAGGUCUUGGCAGACUAUAUGCCCAAUGCAAACAUCUGUGGCACACGUCGGGACAGAGGUGAGAUGAAAAUUCACUUAAAAGUGGGCAAUGGAUUUGUGUCUGAGGACUCAGCCUCACUUUAUGUUAGUGGGGAAAAAAUGUUUAUCCUGUCCACAAUGCAAGGACAAAUUGAGCAUACGGACUUCACAUUUAGUGGUAAAAUAAAUGUGCUACUCUUUCCUGUCCUACACACUUUCAUUCAAAGGCAAAAAACAACAUGGCCUUCUUAAUGUAUUUUUUUUGACCUUGUGAAAUAGCUCACAGACUAUCAUGGGCAAAUAAGAUGUUGUCUGAGCUUAGUCCAGUCAAUGUACCACGAAAUAUGAUCUUGACUCCAUGUUCUAUUUUGCCCUGUCGACAAAUAACAGAGAAAUUGAUUAGAUGGCUCCCAAAGUUUCAUAAUGUUAUUUACUCGAUUGGAUAACUGAGAAGGGAAUCCGUGUGCGGUCCGGCGCCGAUACGGUAAGUGCAUUCACAAUUCCUGCUAUCAUAAUCAAAAGUGGAAAGUUGUGUGUAGUCUACAAGUCAAACACAAUUGUGCUGUUGACAUUAAGAUAUAUUGCGUUGUGUGCAUGAACGUGGCUAUCAGAUCGUCUGGUCGGGCCAGACACUAUGAAAUGUUUAACCAGCACUUCACAUUACACAACAGCGAUGUGGUCAAAGCGGUCGGAACAUUCAGUAGAAUGGUGAACACGCUUUUUAAUGUCUAGAAUAUAUAAGUUCAAUUGAGUAAAGUUUUGAACGUAUAUACAUGGUCCGUGACUAACAUUACAGAGAGAAAAAAAUUAUUUCAAGUGAUAAAAAUAAUGAUACACCAACUACAAAAUGUCAACGCACAUGAAAUGUGAUUUGAAGAAACCAUGUAUGAAACAGACAGAGCAAAGUCUUUAAAUAAAAAUUGAUUUAUAAUCUUUA